ACACCUUGCGUAUCCUAUACUAGACUGUUGCUUGGCAGUACUAUUACGUACAGUUUCAGCAGCUUCUGAGAAUCUAAUCUCUCUCUCUCUCUCUCUCUCUCUCUAAGCGAUAGUUGAAUCCAUAGCCCCAAUCAUGAAUUUCUGGAGAUCCAUUCUGUCAGAGGACCCGGAUCCUCCACUGAACGACAACUCCCAUAACUCCCCACCCGAAUCCCCCACAAACCCACCUCAACAACCCGACAACGACGACCACCACAACCACUCAGAUCAGGCGCCUCCCAGUUCCAACACCGGUACCGGUAGCGGGUGGGACUUCGGAGGUCUAAUCAAGACCAUCGCAACCCGAUCCGAAUCCGUCAUCGAGACCUACCGCCGCGACCUCAAGGAAUUCCAGUCGGGUCUCCAGAAGGAAACGGAGGCGUUCCGCGAGGCUGCCGGCCACGUCGUGAAGGAUCUCCCCGCCUCGAUCGACGGCGUGUGGAAAUCGACGGCCGAGAUCAUCUCGCACGGUAAGGAAACCCUACUCGCACCCUCCGAUAGCGAAUCGGAUUCCAGUUCGUUGAAUUUAAGUAAUCGGGGCUUGAGUUCUAAUAAGUACAGUAGAUUUAAUGCGCAAUUGCAGUCGAUUCAGAGUGAUUUGAAUACUUACUGCGAAGAACCGGAGGAUUUAGAAGAUUAUGCGAAGUGGAAAUUAGGGUUUGUGUUGGAGGAUAAGAGUGAGGAAAUUAGGGCUUGUGUUGAAGAAAAUGGGAAUAUGGAGGGUAUUUAUAAUAGGGUUGUGCCGGAUGUGGUUGAUCGCGAUUCAUUUUGGUUUCGGUAUUUCUAUAAGGUGGAUAAGCUUAAGCAACAGGAGAAUGUGAGAGCUAAUCUUGUUAAGCGAGCGAUUUCAACUGACAUGGAUGAGGAAUUGACUUGGGAUGUGGAGGAUGAGGACAACAACGAUGAUGAAGAGACUAGUGGGCUGUCGAAAGGAAAUGAGGUGGGAAAUAAGGAUUUGGGUAUUAAAAAAGUGUCCGAAGUUGUGAUGGAAAAUAAGGAAUUGGGUAGUGAAGAAGUGCGCGAAGUUGUGAAGGAGGGGAGUGGGAUUAAUGAAGAAGAAGUUGGGAUGUCUAAGAUUGUUGAGGGCAAUGUGGGUAAUGUGAAUAAGGUAAGUGUUGUGGAAAUAAGUGUUAAAGACGAGGAGCAAAUUUCUGAAGUGAAUGUUGGUGAGUCGGUAUCGGUAUCUGAUGAGAAGGUGGAUUUAGAAGGGAAGGUUGAUAGUGUUGAUUCUUGUAAAGAUAGUGAUGUUUCGAUUGUGUCGACUCAGCCGUCAUUGCCUGAGGAGGAAGACCUUGGGUGGGAUGAGAUUGAGGAUCUCGGUAGCGUUGAUGGAAAGAAAGAAAGGAAUGAUGGGAGCCCCAAUGUAUCUGAACUGAGGAAGAGGCUGAGCGCGGCAGAUGAGGAUGAGGAUUUGAAUUGGGAUAUUGAAGAUGAUGAUGAUGGGGCUGUCUCAAAGCCUGACUCCAAGUAGUAAAUUGUUCUAUUGCAAGAACACUACUACUGAAUGUAUACAGGAGUGUGUUCUGUUAUGUUUCACAUUAUAACCGUGUUAAGUUGCAUAGCGUGGUGGGUUUCUUCAUUAUGUAUUUGGUUUAUGAAGCAAAAUCAUUCAUUCAUUCUGUUAUUGUUGUGUAUAGUACCGGGAGUUGAAGUAUAUUUGAUUUCAAUAAUAAUGGAAACCUCUACGUUUAUAUA